UAUCAUUUGUGGUCCAAAAGUUGUCAUUCCGUCGCUUUGCGAUAAACUCUUGAGAAAUAUGAAGUAUGUGAACUUUUCUGAAAACUUUCGCGUCAAGAUGACGAAUAUACCUCCACCACCACAUGAGACUGUUGCUUUAGGAGUUGAUCACUUCGCUUAUGAACAACUUACAGUCGGAAUACUAAGAGAUGCGGUGUUGGAGUUUGUCACCAUCCAGAAACUGUGGUUACCACUGGAACCACGAAUAAACGAGUUUCGUUGGGCACUAAAAAGUACGCUUCUCGGCAAACCAUCCUGGAGAGUUAAUCUGAACAGAUGGUGUCCGUUUUGGUUCAGUUUCAACACCUAUGAGUUAUGGGAUCCGAACAGCAAAAAACCUCUGCGUGUACUUCAUACUGACGAAACUUUAUCUGAUCUUUUGAUCGAGCAUACAAAAGCACCAAGAAGAGUCUUUUUCUUUGUGGAGGAGUUGAAAACCCAACUUCAGUGGAAGCCAAAGAUUUCUUACAAAGAUAAUAUGUUGAAAACAAACUAUCGAGAUAGGAAUACAACAAACUCUGACAAGAAAGCGGACGAAGAAAAAAUGCUGAUGACGCUGUCCAACUGGGACAGCUGCUCUGAUACAAAAUGCCAAAUGCAAUGGAAACAAUCACCUAUUCAAAGUCUUUCUUUUGUGACUUGCUUUAGUUACCCUGUUCUAGUGCCAAUAGUUCUACCAGUUUACACUGUCUUUGGGGUAAAUACCGCUGGCUUAGACCCACUAAGAUAUGGAGCAACUCCCGAAAACAGUCAGUCAUAACACAACCAAGUAUCUGUGUGCAAGUCUUCCUGAGGAUUUACGUUAUCUAUUCUGUUUGAUUACGUGAAUGAAAAUGUUUCAAUACGUGCCCUAACUGUGGGCUCUUUGUUUUUCUAUUU